AUGGAAUAUAAAACAAAUUUAAGCAUUUCACUUGUAAUUUUCCUGCAUUUAUCCGUGUUAAAUUGUACUCACUUGACAAGAACUUAUUUUAAAGAUGUAUCCAGGAAUAAUGGUGAAAGUAUACCAAAUAUUAGUUGGCUAUUCAGCAAUUCUAUUGACAGUUUCGAUAGGGUUAAGAGAGCAGUCAUAGCCAAAGGCGAUUUAUCCGAUGAUAGUUUCUUAAAAUUUAUUAAAAGUUCUAAAUGUCGAAAAAAUUUGAAUAACUUGUGCGGCAAUAUAAGUGAAAAUAACGAUGAAUUAAUGUUGUUAGAGUGUAUUCAAAACUUUAAGCCAACUGAAGUAUCUGGUAUUGAUGAUGAAUGUCGUCAAGCAAUUUGGGUAUACAUCUUAAAUAUUACUGAUAAUUUAAAUAUAGAGCGUUUAGCUAAAAGAACUUGUGGCAAAGAGUUAGACUUGUUGGAUUGUUCUGCCUCUGGUGACAAACAUGGAGCAUAUCUCUCUUGUUUAAUUGAUCAAAGGGAAAAAGUAAAAAAUCCACAAUGCAUUACAUACAUUCAAAGAUUAGAAUGGAUUGCAUUUAGCGAUUUUAGAAUUAUAACACCAUUUUCUUCAGACUGUGAAAAUGAUAUUAAAAAGUUUAAAUGUGAUAAUAAACUACCAUAUAGAGACAUAUCUCAAGGACAAAUAUUAGCUUGUUUACAAGAACAUGUCAAUGAACUUCAACUUCAAUGUAAAAGACACAUACUUCAUGUGUCUGAAAUACAAGCUGAAAAUAUCAACUUGGAUCGACAAUUAUAUUUGGCUUGUGAAGAAGAUCGUACAAAAUUCUGUCCAAGUAUUAGACCAGGCAGUGGUCAAGUAUACAAAUGUUUAAUGCAACAUAAAACAGAUAGAGCUAUGACAUCAGUAUGUCAAGAACAGCUCACAAGAAGAGGAAAACUAAUAGCAUCUGACUACAGAGUUAGUAAAGGAUUGGUUAAAGCUUGCAAAGAUGACAUUAAAAGUAAUCAUUGUAGAAGACCUGUAUUUGAAGAUAAAAACAUAAGACUUGCACAAAUUCUUCUUUGUUUGGAAUCAGCAGCAAAAAAUGGUAGUAAAAUCGAUAGAGAUUGUCAAGCUGAAAUGUUUGAUCAUAGAAAACUUUUAAUGGAGGAUUAUAGAUUAUCUCCUGAAAUAGUAGAUGGAUGUGCUAAUGAUAUUACAACAUUUUGCAAUAGUCUGGAAGUUGGUGGAGCAACAAUUCAUUGCUUAAUGGAACAUACUAGAACAAAAAGAAAAAAAUCACGAGUGUCCAGUAGAUGUAAUAAUAAAUUGAAUAUCAUUUGUCAUAAUAAUUUAGAGGAACUAAUAAUGGAAGCUGAUGCUGGAGAAGAUUGGAGAAUUGAUCCAGUUUUACGAGAACAGUGCCAACCUCUUGUCAAUUUAGCUUGCAGGGAUAUGCAUGGAGGUGAUGCUAGAGUAAUAUCCUGUUUAAUGGAACAGCUUGGUACAGAGAGAAUGACAGAAGCUUGUGAGACUGCUUUAGUGCAAGUACAAUAUUUUGUAGCUAGAGAUUUCAAAUUGGAUCCGCAAUUGUAUAGAGCAUGUAAAUUUGAUGCCACGAGAUUAUGUCAUGCAAGAAACGCGUGGGCUAGUGAUGGAAAACAAAUGGACCCAGAACGAGGACCCCUUAUUUUACCAUGUUUAUAUAGACAUGCAUAUCAUCCUCAGAAAAAUUUGACAUUGAAAACAGACUGCCUUGAAGAAAUUAGACGUGUUAUGCGACAGAGAGCAGUAAACGUUGAUUUACAGCCUGAGAUUGAAGAAGUAUGCUUGAAUGAGUUGGCAUCAUUUUGUUAUGACAAAACAGCAAAAGGAGAGGAAAUAUUAUGUCUUCAAGAUAAUCUAGAUCGUUUGACUAAGAAUUGCAAAUUAGCAGUUGGCAAUUUUACGGAAGAACAAGCCGAACGCGUCGAAUUAAAUCCAAUCAUUUCUGCUGCAUGUCAACACAUCAUGGAACGUCAUUGUGAGGAAGUAUUAAAAUACGGUAAAGAUGAGGGUGACAUGAUGGAAUGUUUAAUAGAACACAAAAACGACUUGGAUGUACGAUCUGAUUAUAAGUGUAAAACAGCAGUGGAACAUUUCCAAUUGAUAUCAUUAAAAAAUUACCACUUUACAUAUAAAUUUAAAGAGGCUUGUAGACCUUCUGUUAAAAGAUGGUGUCCAAAAUCGAAAACUAAAGCGGAAGUAAUAGAAUGUUUAAGUACAAUAGUGCAAGAAGAUAUAAUGAAAGACACACAGCAUCAUAUACCAAAAGAAUGUAGACAACAAUUAAGAGCACAACUUUAUCAACAAAGAGAAAACAUUCAAUUUGAUCCUAUCUUACAGACACAAUGUACAACUGACAUCAAACAGUAUUGUUACAAUGUUGAACCAGGAAAUUCGCAGAUCCUCGAAUGUUUAGCCGCACAUAAAUCAAAAUUAUCAGAUGCAUGUCACAAACAAUUGUUUAAAGUAAGAAAACAAGAAUUUCAAGAUAGUUCAAGUGAUUUUGCUUUAUUAAAUAGUUGUCACUUAAUGGUAAGGCAGUUCUGUCAUGAUAUUAGUCGUUCACAAGCAUUAGAUUGUUUAAAAAAAUAUAAAGACGAGCCAACAUUUGAUGAUAAAUGCAAAAAUAUUGUUAUUCGAAGAAUGAUUGAACAAAAUACAGAUUAUAGAUUUAAUACUGCACUACAAACAGCAUGUUCAUAUGAUAUCAAUAAGCAUUGUAAAGAGGUUUUACUGCACGAACCUACCGAUAAGGAGCUUGAAGGGAAAGUUAUAAGAUGCUUAAAAAUUAAAUUUCGCGAGGCCAAACUAACAACCAGAUGUGAGCAUCAAAUGACUAACAUACUUAGAGAAGCAGCUUUAAAUUAUCAUUUAAAUCCAUUGUUAGCUACAAUGUGUGCACACGAGAUUGAAACUAUCUGUAGAGCAGAUGAAAAUGAUCCUGGAGCAGUAGAAGAAUGUCUGAAAAUGGAAUUUAAUGCUGGUAAUAGAGUCAUGAAAGAAGAAUGUCGUCUUGAAAUUGCCGACUUAAUAGAAGAAACAAGAGCAGAUAUUAACGUUGAUCCUUUGUUACAAAAAGCAUGUGCUGUUGAUGUUAGUAAAUAUUGCAGUGACGUUCCUCAAGGCGCAGGCAGGCAUAUCAUGUGUCUACAAAAUGUAUUAGAAGACAGUAACAAAUCUUUACAACCUGAUUGUUUUAAAAUGUUAAAUACAAGGAUUGAAAUGUUUAGAAAUGCGGCAAAGCUAAUUCUACCAAAUUCGAUACAAGAACUAUAUACAUCGGUAAAUCGAUCUCCUGCAAGACGAUACUUUAUGAUUGUUGCGUUAACGUUAAUUGGCAUAAUUUUCAUCACCGGUUUAUUUUGUGGAAGAGUGACGAGACGAACAAUGAUAAUGAAAAAUAAGUGAUAAAUUAUAGUGAAAAAAGUCCGUCCUCGAAGAUACUCAAUCGCUCUAAUUAAAAAGAACAAAAUCACGAUAAAGUAAACAUCGAAAAUUAAAAAAAAAACAAAGUGACUAUACU